AUGAAAUCGUUAAAUAAAUAUAUCUAGUUCAAUUCUUAAUUUUCUCAAGUAAUUCCUAUUUUACUUUCUAUAAAAACUUUAGACGAUACUUAACCUAAAGAACUUAAAACAGAUGAAGAAUUAGAUAAAAACCCUUUCGAAGAUAGACCUAAUAUCGAUUUAAUUUGUGUAAUAGAUAAUUCAGGAUCAAUGUAAGGUUAAAAAAUAGAAAAUGUAAUUGAUGGAAUAUAUAGUACAGGAGGUACCAAUAUAUAUUCAGGAAUGCAAUAAGCAUUUAAAGUUUUAAAAGAUAGAAAUUAAUAAAAUCCUAUAAGUUCCAUUUUUUUACUUUCAGAUGGUUAAGACCCACCUAGCUUACAAAAAAUAAAAACUAAUUUACCCAAUGAUUGCUUGACUAUUCAUUGUUUCGGAUUUGGAGAUGAUCAUGAUUCUACUUUAAUGAACAAUAUAUGUGAUUUAAAAGAUGGAAACUUUUAUUACGUAGAAAAAAUAGACCAAGUUAAUGAAUUCUUUGUGGAUGCUUUAGGUGGUAUUUUUUCAGUUGUAGCUUAAGAUAUUUAAAUUGAUUUUAGUCUUAAUAUAUAAGAUGCUAAUUUCCAAAAACGCUUCAAAUAAUGUUAAAUAUCUAAAACUUAUGGAAAUAUGUUUAAAUGCGUUAACUAAAAUUCACAUUUCUAAAUCAAUAUUAAUUAACUAUUAUCAGGAAUUACCAAAGAUUUCAUUUUCGAAGUCACUAUUCCUCCUUUAUUAAUUUAAAGUUUAUAAGAUUUCGAAAGAAAUGUUGAACUUAUAAAGGCUAAUGUAACUGCUAUACCUGUAAAUCCCUAAUAUACUACUUCUGUAAAUAAAUAAUGUUUCGCAUCCGAAUAAUAUAUCAAAGCUUUCUUAAAUUAAAAAUGA